AUGAGCCAAGUUUGUCUCUUGGACUCUGAACGCUUAUCAGCACUUCUCAAAGAUGCGUUGUCAUGGAGUGACCAUGUUUCGUCGCUAAUGGUUUCCGCUCUGAACGGCUCGAUUCUUGCAUAUGCAUACCGGAAUACAACUCCUUCGAUCAAGGAUAUACGGACUCAAUCUACAACCAUGACCGCAGCCUAUACCGUGGCUUCAGAGGAUGUGCUUGUCUUUGAAGCGCAGAACAUGGGCGCGAUUUCAGUGGUUACACCUAUUGCGGACCAUAUCCUACUGGCAGUGACCGGACCGGAACCGAAGAAGCAGAAGACAACAUCAUCAAAGGCAGGUGAUGAAGAGCAAGACCACACUACGAAUGGCGAUGCUGUGGAAGAGCUGGACCAAGAACACGCUGAAGCCGACGCUGAACAUGAACAUGAGCAGGUCCGUACAGACCUUGAGGCCGUCAGCCAGGGACUCGCCACGGUCCUAAGAGAAGAACUGGCGAGGUUGAAGUGGCCUGAGGAUAUCUGA